CAAGUUCCGCGGCGCGCGUGUUUUGCCAGCUGUUGCUCAUUUUCCUUGCUUGAAUUUAACUUUUUGUUUACCUCACCUAAAUUUAAACCCAAUCCCGCCGAGAUGUCCACAAACGCUGCGAUAGAACUGGCCCUGGAUCGGGUGGACUGGCGUGACCUAGCCGCCCAUGCGGAUCACCUGCCGCGCGUCUACACACCCGGUGAGAUUUUAAUGCCGGAGGCUGGAUUCAUGCGUGGCCAUGGUACUUUUGUCGAGGACGAGAACAUCAAGGCCUCCGUGGCCGGGGUGAUCCAGAAGGUCAACAAGCUAAUCUCCGUCCGUCCGCUGAAAAGUCGUUAUGUUGGCGAAAUCGGGGACGUGGUGGUGGCCCGUGUCAGCGAGGUGCAACAGAAGCGCUGGCGAGUGGACACCAAUUCCCGGUUGGACUCCAUCCUCCUGCUUUCAUCAGUGAAUCUGCCAGGCGGCGAACUCAGGCGGAGAUCCGCGGAGGACGAGCAGAUGAUGCGGCGCUAUCUGGACGAGGGAGAUCUAAUCUCCGCAGAAGUCCAGAACAUCUUCGAGGAGGGAACCCUUUCCCUCUACACGCGCAGUUUAAAAUACGGAAAGCUGUCGCAGGGCAUCCUAGUCAAGGUUUUUCCCGCUCUCGUCAAGCGUCGCAAGAUGCAUUUCCACAAUCUCCCCUGUGGCGCCUCCGUGAUCCUGGGGAACAACGGCUAUAUCUGGAUAUCACCGACCAAAGGUCAGGAGCAGGAGGGCGGCGAGGGAGGAUUUGCCCUGAACUUAAACGAGCAUAUACCGCGAGUUGACCGGGAAGUGAUCGCUCGGCUGAGGAACUCCAUUCUGGCGCUGGCCAAGUGCAAGCUGAUGAUCUACGACACCAGCAUCCAGUACGCCUACGAGGAGUCCCUCAAGUACGAGGCCCACGAGCUGCUGCAACAGAAUGUCAUAUACGAUAUCGGCGAACAGACGCAGGCUCGACUUAGGGACGCCGAUGAUUAGUUUGGGAAUUAUAAGAUUAAUAAAUAGAGAUUGUAGUACUUUUUCACUUCGUAAA